UUCCACACGCGUCUGUGCACACAUUCGUCAGAAGGAGCAGUGGUAGCGCCUCGACUCCCUUUCUCAACUGCAUUCGUCUACCAAUCAGAGAAACGACAGGAGCAACGGACCAUUUCUUUUUCUUCCCGUUUUCGUGUGCAAAAGUGCGUUCCAUGUUUUGGCAUGAUCUUCAUCCCCAUCAUCAACAUCAACGCCAGAAAGCAAAAAAACUGCCAAGAGACGCCCUGACAUCAUCACCGAGGAGGUGGUGUACUGUGAGAGGAGUGGGAUUGGAUGCGACAGGAAGCUUGUGAAGCUGCUGAGCUGUUAGCAUUGGACUUGGCAGCUCUUGGCCAUGGAAUGGCUGACAGGCAGGACCGCCUGUCACAGCAUAUAAAGGCCUCACUGUACUCCCGCUGGUUCUGGAGGGCGGGAUGGCUCCUAUGUGCUGUGGACUUCCUAUCAUUUCUUCCCCUGCUGUUCAAAUUCCAUGGCCGGUAAAACCUGCACUUUUCACUGCUCUUGUUACCACUGAGCCCGGGAAGCCAGAUCUGGUUCACAGCUAAAUCACAAGUUCCUCUUCUUGGCUCCCCCUCCAUCAUUAUUCUCUACUCUAUUGUCAAUCACCAUGGCAUGCUUCCUGGCAUCGGCCUUUCUUUUCGUUCUUCAAACAUUUGCUGCCCCACCUCAGGCAAGUGUUAGCUUGAACGGAAUAAAUCUUAACGAUGAAGAUGGGAACCUGUCUCCUCCACCAGGAACUAGCAAAAGACCCCCACAUAGCAUUAUAAUUGGAGUGCGUAAAGGAGGUACAAGAGCCCUGUUGGAAAUGCUCGACAUCCACCCCGAAGUUGCUGCUGCUGCAACUGAGGUACAUUUCUUUGACUGGGAUGAGAACUAUGCCAAAGGCUUAGAGUGGUACCGUGAGCUGAUGCCUUACUCAUACCCGCACCAGAUAACAGUCGAGAAGACCCCAGGAUACUUCACGUCGACUCUUGCCCCCGAACGUAUCUGCGCAAUGAACUCAUCCAUAAAACUGCUCCUGAUUUUACGCGACCCGGCCGAGCGAGUCGUCUCAGACUACACUCAAGUGUAUUUCAACCGUCUCGAGAACCACAAACCAGUUCAAGCUAUAGAGAACCUUCUCGUACGAAACGGUGCCCUUAAUACAGGCUACAAGGCCAUUCAGAGGAGCCUGUAUGACAUUCACAUGCGCAACUGGCUGCGUCAUUUCCCUCUGGAACAGAUUCAUAUUGUAGAUGGGGAUUUGCUUAUUCAUGACCCCUUGCCAGAACUCCAAAAGGUCGAGCGGUUCCUCAACUUGCCUCCCAGGAUAGUUGCCUCCAAUUUCUAUUUCAAUCAGACCAAGGGAUUUUACUGCAUUCGAAGUGAUGGUCGAGAGCGAUGUUUGCACGAGUCGAAGGGACGCCCGCACCCUGUGGUCAACAGCACUGUGCUCCAACAACUCCGUUCUUACUUGCAGGAGCACAACAGAACCUUCUUUAGGCUGGUGAAGCGCACCUUCAACUGGCAAUAAUAAACCACCCGGUACAUAAAUCGAACUCAUAGGAGCCAGUCUGUGAGAAGGUCAAAAUGAGGCCCGAAGCACUUUACAGAACUCACAUUCAAAGCCUCUCAGUUUCUAGACUUGUCUUCUCUAGUUCUUGCUGACUUGUUAUUAACUUAUUUUACACAAUAAGGCAAAAUGGAUGAUUCUUCAAGUUUGAAUUUUUGUUCUUUGCUGCGAGCACAUCGCUGAUAAAAUGAACUUGAUGACCCACCCCCGCACCCCAGCCACCUAUCCUUCUCUGUCUUGUUUGAUAUCCUUGUUCUUGAUAAUAAAUUGCUCUUUUAAAUGUU